AUGCUGCCGGGGCUGGUGCUGCGCCUGCUGGCGCGCCGGGGCUCGGGCCGCUGCGUCAGACAGGGCUGCGGCCACGCUUCGAGCUCGCGGGCCCGCGAGGGCGCCCGGGACGCGCGCGCCUGCUUCACCACCCCCAUUUUCUACGUGAACGCCGCGCCGCACAUUGGGCACCUGUACUCGGCGCUGCUGGCCGACGCCCUGUGCCGCCACCGCCGCCUGCGCGGGCCCGCCGCCCCGCGCUUCUCCACCGGCACGGACGAGCACGGCCUCAAGAUCCAGCAGGCGGCCGCCUCCGCGGGCCUCACCCCUGCCGAGCUGUGCGACCGCGUCUCUGCCCAGUUCCAGCAGCUUUUCCGGGAGGCCGGCAUCUCCUCCAGCGACUUCAUCCGCACCACCGAGGCCCGGCACCGGGUGGCCGUGCAACACUUCUGGGGGGUGCUGGAGGCCCGGGGUCUGCUGUACAAAGGCCUCUAUGAAGGAUGGUACUGUGCCUCCGACGAGUGCUUCCUGCCCGAGGCCAAGGUCACCCGACAGCCUGGUCCGUCUGGGGACUCGUGCCCCGUGUCUCUGGAGAGCGGGCACCCGGUGUCCUGGACCCGGGAAGAAAACUACAUCUUCAGGCUCUCGCAGUUCCGCGAGCCCCUCCGGCGGUGGCUGCAGGGCAGCCCUCGGGCCAUCACCCCGGAGCCCUUCCACCACGCGGCCCUUCAGUGGCUGGAGGAGGAGCUGCCUGACCUGUCCGUUUCCCGCAGGAGCAGCCUCCUGCACUGGGGCAUUCCGGUCCCCGGGGACGACUCGCAGACCAUCUACGUGUGGCUGGAUGCCUUGGUGAACUAUCUCACUGUAAUUGGCUACCCUGAUGCUGAGUUCACAUCUUGGUGGCCAGCCACAACUCAUAUCAUAGGUAAGGACAUCCUCAAAUUUCAUGCUAUCUAUUGGCCUGCCCUUCUCCUGGGGGCCGGAUUGAGCCCACCACAUCGCAUCUGUGUCCACUCCCAUUGGACGGUGAGUGGCCAGAAGAUGUCCAAGAGCCUGGGCAAUGUGGUGGAUCCCCGGACUUGUCUUGAUCGCUAUACUGUGGAUGGCUUCCGCUACUUUCUCCUUCGGCAGGGCGUUCCCAGCUGGGACUGCGAUUACUAUGAUGAAAAGGUGAUUAAGUUGCUGGACUCCGAGCUGGCAGAUGCCUUGGGAGGUCUUUUAAACCGAUGCACUGCCAACAGAAUAAACCCUUCUGGGACCUACCCAGCGUUCUGCGCUACCUGCUUCCCCAGGGAGCCAGGGUCAACGGGGCCAUCGGUUCGUGCUCAGGCCGAGGACUAUGCGCUUGUAAAUGCGGUGGCCACGUUACCCACGCAGGUAGCAGACCAUUAUGAUAACUUUCAGAUCUAUAAGGCUCUGGAGGCAGUGUCCAUCUGUGUUCGUCAAACUAAUGGCUUUGUCCAAAGGCACGCACCGUGGAAAUUGGACCGGGAGAGCCCAGCGGAUGCCCCCUGGUUGGGUACUGUGCUUCAUGUGGCAUUGGAAUGUUUGAGAGUCUUCGGAACCUUACUUCAGCCUGUCACCCCAAAUCUAGCCGACAAGCUGCUGUCCAGGCUGGGGGUGUCUGACACAGAGAGGAGCCUUGAAAAGCUCUUUUUCCUGCCUCGAUUCUAUGGACAACCAUGCCCUUUUGAAGGGAGGAAGUUGGGACCUGAAACUGGUCAUUUGUUUCCAAGACUGGACCAGUCCAGAGCUUGGCCAGCGAAAGCGCACAGGACCUAGAAACUCAGUUCUUACUGGCUUGUGGUUAAAAAAAAAAGGCCUUAGUUUUACAUUUUCAGGAAAGUUAUAUUCUUGUUUACACAGUGUUAGACAAACACAUAAACUGCCUUUCAGUUUAACCCUUUUCUUUUCUCUGUGUUCAUUAAUCACUGUGCUUUGUUCACCAGUGCCCAGAGGAAAGAUGGUUGAGACAACUAUCCAUUCCAUCCUGUUGAUAGUAAGGACACCAAUCCUUCUCCCUGUACCUUGUCCCAAACUACCUCUAGUGGUUUCUAUUUUUCAGGUUGUAUCUUCUGUUUAAAUGUGAUCUUUUUAUUAAAACCUUAAAAAUGA